CAGAAAGAACAGACAAAAUGCAGGCAGGGCGCCGGACAAAGCACUCGGGACAAAAUUAUGUAAAUUAAAAAAAAAAAAAAUUUAAAUUUUUUAAAUUUCCCGCCGCCCGUACGUCCCGACGUCACGGGAACCGGAACACAGAAGCCGGAUGCCGGCAUCGGCCGGAGGAGAUGGCCGGGGAUGCUGCAGGGGACCCAUCGCGGGAACGAAGGACAAGGUAAGUGCUGCAGGGACCCCCAGAGCAACGCCACAUGGUAAGCCCGAGUGUAGCUCGGGGUUACCGCUUUUGGUACAGACA